UCUAACGCCAAAAUAUGAGUAAACCGCAAUUUGAUUUUGUGUAUGUUGUGCUAGAGAUCUUUAUUGUUUAAUAAUAUUUUGUAUUAUUCUUUAACCUGUUUCAAGUUGUCAUAAAUAGUUAUUAGCGGUUAUGCUUUUGUUAACUUAAUUACACAAUUUUUUUGAUUAUAAGUUCUAGUAUCUUAGCCGGUAUUUUGACCUCUUCUUCAAGAUUGAUCAUACUUUUCUAUACUUCCGAGUAUUACAAUGAGUUCAGGACUGGAGAGCUAUGUGAACCAUACUGUUUCUAUUAUAACGUCAGAUGGCAGAAACUUUGUGGGAACUCUUAAAGGAUUUGAUCAAACUAUAAAUAUAAUUUUAGAUGACAGCCAUGAGCGUGUGUACAGCCCGAAUCAAGGUGUUGAACAAAUUAUAUUAGGUUUACAUCUCAUCCGUGGUGACAAUGUUGCAAUAAUCGGAGAAGUAGAUGAAACAAUGGAUUCCUCAAUUGAUUUGAGUGCAAUCAGAGCAGAACCUAUUGGAUCAGUAGUAUUUUAAGACGUGUUAUAAUAUUAUGAAUAUUAAAUGCAUUGAUUCUAUAUUAAGAAAUUGUUACUAUUAACACUAUGAUAGUAAUAUAAAUAUAAGGGCAAAUAUUGUGUUUU